CGGGCUGAGGGUGCCCGGUGCGCAUGCGCGAGGAGGACUUCCGCCCGGCGCCGAGAUGGCGGCUGUCCGUGGCGUGAACGGAGGCUGCCGCAGAGCUGCGCGCGGCGCUGACCAGGUGAUGGCGGCGGCGGCCCGGCCGCGGGCGGAGGCUGCUGCCCCUCGCUCCCAGCCGCCGGCCCUGCUCCCCCCACCGGCUUUAGGGUCACUCUGACAGUCCUGAAGGCAGAACUAGGCCCUUGCACGUAGGAAGAGUGAGCGUUCAUAUCCUUCAAAAUGCCAAACUCCAAUGCUAAAUCUCACCGUAGCCAUAGAGGUGGUCAGGAAGCUGGCAGGCGGGAGUUGGUUUCGAGAUCGUUGCAGAGUGCUCAGCAUUGCCUGGAGGACCAGGAUUUUGGAACUGCAUAUGCUCACUAUCUCCUAGUGCUAAAUCUAGCUCCUGAGUUAAAAACUACUGUCAAAGAAACAUUUCAAUUUACUCUCUUUAAAUGGGCAGAAGAGCUAGAUUCACUAGCACGGAUUCAAGAUCUAUUUAACUGUUACGAACAGGCACUUGAACUGUAUCCCAAUGAUGAAGUGAUAUGUAACAGUAUGGGAGAACAUCUCUUCAGAAUGGGCUUUAGAGACGAAGCAGCUGGAUAUUUUCACAAAGCACUAAAACUUAACCCAGACUUUGCUGAUGCAAAGGAGAAUUUUUACCGUGUUGCAAACUGGCUUGUGGAACGUUGGCACUUCAUCAUGCUCAAUGAUACUAAGAGGAAUAUUACUUACCUAAAAGCAAUAGAGAAUGUGGUCCGCUCCGGGUGCAGAUCUGUUCUUGAUAUUGGAACAGGAACAGGAAUCUUGAGUAUGUUUGCAAAAAAGGCAGGAGCACCUUAUGUCUACGCCUGUGAAUUGUCAAAAACCAUGUAUGAACUUGCUUGUGAUGUGGUGGCAGCAAAUAAUAUGGGAAGUGAGAUCAAACUUCUCCAUUUGAAGUCACUUGAUAUAGAAAUUCCAAAGCACAUACCUGAAAGAGUUUCCUUGGUUGUCACAGAAACUGUUGAUGCUGGUUUGUUUGGAGAAGGCAUUGUGGAGAGCUUGAUACAUGCUUGGGAACAUCUACUCUUACAGCCAAAGCCUAAAAAUCAAGAUAUUCAUACUAAAGACUAUGGCCAAGUUAUUCCUGCGAGUGCUACAAUAUUUGGGAUGGCAGUAGAAUGCAAAGAGAUACGUAGACAUCACAGAGUGGGAACGCAAGAAAUUGCUGGUGUGCGCUUGGCAAAUUCAGUUCAGUUCUUUAGUCCAACGUAUGCUUCUGCUAGUUCUGAGGAAACUGUUGAACCUUACACCACUGAAAAGCUUAGUCGAGUCCCUGGAGGUUAUGUACCUCUGACAGAACCCUUUCAAGUAAUGACCAUGGAUUUCAACAAUCUGCAGGAGCUGAAAAGCCUUGCAGAUAGAAAGCCUUGGAAGCUCAGCCUACCAGUCACCCAAGGAGGAAUCCUAGAUGCUGUCGUGGUCUGGUUUGUACUACAGCUUGAUGAUGAGCAUGCCCUAUCUACAAGUCCCAGUGAGGAAUCUUGCUGGGAACAGGCAGUCUAUCCUGUACAGGAUCUCCCUGAUUAUUCUGUGAAGACUGGAGAUACUGUGACAAUGGAAGUUUGCUGCCCAGAUUGCUACUUGAAGAUUCAGAAGAUUUCUUUUUGGACUUCAGAGUGUGGGAUGGACUUCAGUAACAGAGAUGAUGUACUGAAUUUGGGCAAUGAGGCUGAAUUAUGUAAUGCCCUGGCUAGUCUUCAAACGACUAGCAAACAGGAUGGCAAAGGUCGAGUGUGUGUGUUAGAAUCGACAGAAAUAGCCCUACUGAACAAUAUACCAUACCACGAAUGCUUUAAAGCUGCCAUUGGCAAAGUGCUGUCUUCGUUAAAUCCAAAUAAAGACUUGCAGACCAUGGAUGUUGACGGACAUGGCAGUGGGUUGAACUUUCAAGAGAGUCAAAACAAGAGCUCUCUCUAUGCAGCUCCUGAUCCUUUGUAUGUAUUAGAUGUGUCUGAGGGCUUCUCUAUUCUGCCAGUUAUAGCUGGCAAACUUGGACCAGUUAAAGCUUACAGUUCUGUUGAGAAAGAACAGCAUCAAACAGCCCUUAACGUGAUUUCAGAAGCUAACCAUUUCCCUAAAGAAACAUUAGAAUUUUGGCUCAGCCACUUAGAAGAUGAAAAUGUGGUGUUACAGAGACCAAAAUCGGACAAGCUGUGGAGUAUUAUUAUCUUGGAUGUUAUAGAGACAUCUGGUUUAAUCCAGCAGGAGGUGAUGGAAAAGGCUGCAAUAUCCAGAUGUUUACUUCACAGUGGAGGAAAGAUAUUCCCGCAGUAUGUAUUGAUGUAUGGGAUGCUUGUAGAAUCACAGUCUCUGUUACUGGAGAGUGCUGUUCAAGGAACAGAACCAACUCUUGGGUUUAAUAUAGCUCCUUUUAUCAACCAGUUCAAGGUACCUGUUCGUGUGUAUUUGGAUCUCUCUACAUUGCCUUGUCUACCCUUGAGCAAGCCAGCAGAACUUUUAAGGCUAGAUCUCAUGAAUCCUCUCUUGAACAGCUCCAGCAGAGAAGUAAAGGUGCAAAUUUGCAAGUCUGGCCAAGUCACUGCGAUUCCCUUCUGGUAUCACAUACAUCUAGAUGAAGAUCUUAGUUUGAAUACAUCAGAUGAGUUCUCGCACUGGAAACAAGCUGCAGUUGUUCUAGAUAAGCCUAUCCACGUUCAGCUUGGAGAUGAACUUGUGCUUGAUGUCCAGCAUCAUAAAAGCAAUAUUAGCAUUACAGUAAGACAGUAAGAAUGUCACCUGGAAAUGGAUGUAGUGUUAAUUAUCUAUGCAUACACUGUUCAAUGUGACUGAUAUUUAUAUUAAAGUCUACAUUUUAUCUAGUGA